AUGGCUGUCACGGCACGUGUAGUACUAGUCGUUGCUAUGCAACUAGCAACAAUUCCCGCAUUAGCUAGUAAUAGACUUAUCGUAGAUGACCGCCAGUCAAUCGCUCAACAUGGUUCAUCUCAAUUGGAUGCCCAAUCGUUAUUGACGGAUAGAAUUGCAGAUGCAUCUGCAGCAGCGAGCCUACUAGUGCAUCAAGAAGAAAGGCCCAUCAUGCAUUAUCACGAGACGAAACUUCCUGGUUGGAAUGGGAAGAGGUGUAAAGCGCUUGAUAGUAAUUGUAACAACAUACGACGACGACAAAAUCAGGCUUUACAACGCCGAUCCAAUGGCUUGAGAUCGACAGCUGAGUGUACAGGAAAAAAGGAAAUAUGUGAAAAGGAAUGCAAGGACCAACAAGGCUGUAUUGACCGCUGCCGUAUCAAGCUCCACUGCAAAAGUCCAUCUGACGAAUCUAUUCAGCAUCAUGCAGCACAAGCCUCAACGACGUAUCGUGCCCCUGAUACUUCUUCAUCGUCGUCAUCCACAACAUCUUCGGCAACAACGGCUUCUCAGCUCUCAUCCCUUAUGUCAUUCUAUUUAACGAUGGUGUCAGUGAUGGUGGUGGUUAUGUGA